AAACAGAGCGUUUUGCAUUCGUCUCAUUCGUAAACAACAGAGUAACCCGUGAUUUUGCUUUCUGUUCAAUUUUUAUCGGGUAUUCCUUAUUGGCUUUCAAAUUCGUUUCGUUGGGGACGUCUUUCAAUUUGGUUUUCCACGCAUUCGCCUGAAAUGACGAAUAUUUGUUGUGAAUAUAUUUUGUGAAGAGAAUCACAAAACAAAAAAGAAUUAUCCAUUUAAAUAAUUUAUAACUUCCUAAAUCAAAAUAAUACCAAAUAAAAAUAAAAAGUGCAAUAUUGUAAAAUAGUUUCAAAUCGCGAACAAACAAUUACUUCUCCACCCAAAUAUUUCAAAUAAUUAAAGCAGUGAAUCAACAGCUUCCAAUCAAAACAUUCGUACAAACAAAUCUACAAAUUGUAAGUACUGUGCAUAUUGGUGUCGAUCUCACAAGCGCUUGCCACCACUUUGAAACGAAAGUAGGAGAAAAAUCAGAAAGAAGACGACACAAUGGUUGAGUUUCGCUUUGAUAUACGUCCCCUUUUCACACAGCCGAUAGUCAAGGUUACUUCGAAUCUGCUGCCUCACACAUUUCGUGGAGAUCGGCGUCAGUGUCUAGAUGCCACAUCAAAGAUGUCCGAAAUAAUUGAUCGUCUGGGCCAGCUAUCGGCCAAUGCCCAAAAACUCAACACCCCCGUGACGACAGCUCAACGUUUGCGAAUGUCUGAGAAUCAAACAAUUUAUUUGCUGGCCGAUAUCAAUCAAGGAAAUAAUGGUGCUGUAAUUGGUUUGCUCAAGGUGGGCACCAAAGACCUUUAUCUGUUCGAUGAGACCGGUCAGACGCGUAAGGUGGAGAACACCCCCUGCAUUUUGGAUUUCUACAUACAUGAAUCGCGGCAGCGAGCUGGCCUGGGUAAGGACCUCUUCGAGACCAUGUUGGCGGAUGAAAAAUGGACACCCAUUAAAUGUUCAGUGGAUAGGCCAUCAGAGAAAUUGUUGGGUUUCCUCAAGAAACAUUAUAGUUUGGUGCGUACCAUACCACAGGCUAAUAAUUUUGUGCUCUACGAGGGUUUCUUUGAUGACGGCAGCAGUUCGGCGGCGACAAAACAAACAAAUGGUGCUGGCAACGGAAUGUACAUCACAAAUAGCCCUAACACUCAACUCUUUGGUGCUACUUAUCUGGGUGAGGAGAAUAACAAGAAACGAAUGCAACGCCAUCUAGAGGCUACACCAAAUUUGGCAUCACAAAUAACACAAAUAUCGCCCGUGGGACGUUAUGGUGCCCGAAGACCUACAUGCAGCAUGGCCGAGAUAAUUCACAGUGGUACGACUCCAACUAAAGGCGCUGAAUCGGGAAGCGUUGGACAGCAAAAAGUCGACUUUGUUAUUGAAAAUCUACAAAAUUUGCAAAUCGAAGAAAAUAAUGAAUUCGAAUUGCUACAACAACAACAGCAGGACCGAUCAAACGCUAUAGAAGACGAUUUACAAACACAACCAGAUAUUGAAGAACCCGAACUAUCAAACGAAAUCGAAAGCAAUAUGGAACAUGCCACCAACACCACCGGCGCCGAAAAUGAAACGUCCAAUAGCCAACAAAAUUCAUCAUUUGCCCACUCCCCAUCGCAGGCUUCCAAAUCGGCAUCAAUUAUCGGCUCCGAUAGCCACAAAUCACCACCAACAUUUCAGUUGAGCAAACAGCAUACCGGCAUGAAGAAUCGUUCGUAUGGUGUCGGAAUGGCGGUUACACCCACCACCAAAAUGGAGUUCGAUCAAGAGUCACGCGAAGAUUUUGGUGUGGUCAAAAUCAAUCGUCCCCUUGGCAAAUGUGCCCUUUCGCCAAGUACCAGUCAUCCGGCUGAUGAUGUUAUAUCCACCGUAUCGAGUGGAGAGGGCCUAACAGAACAGGGUUAUAAUGAUUUGAAAUUUUACCACAACAAAUUGUGGUAAUUGUCCAAAGUGGGGGAAGAUUUGUCGCAAUCAAAAGCACGACAUAGAUAUGUUUCACAUCCAAAGGCACAACAUAAAAAUGUUUAGAGGCAUACAUACAUACAUAUUUACAUAAAAUAAAAUAAAACAAAACAAUAUAAUUUAGUAUAGGAUCUAAGAAAGUCCACGUUAAGAGUAUCGCAAGUUACAUACAUAUAAGUCUUUCAGUUUUGAAUUUGAUAUAUUGUUUAUCCGAUUUUUGGGGAUUCAAAACAAACAAAUAAACAUGUAUUGGCAAAUCGGAUAUUAUUUUAUAGACAAUACAUUUGUUGUGUACGCAAAAAAACUCACUAUACUGUUCACGUAAUUUACCCCUGCCCUUCCCGCAAUCACAAGCAAUUUACUUAGUCUUACCUAAUUUUAAAACUACACUUAAACAUUUCACUCUCUGCAAACUGUUAUACCCAAGCACUGCUUGUCAAACUGUUAUUACUUUGCAUGACAUGGUUCAUGUCUCACCAGAGGAGGUUCUUGAAUAGACUAAAAUAAUAUACAGGCGGCAUGUCACAGAAUCUAAGCGGAUUUUUUUUUUUUUUUUGUUUUUUAUACCCUCCACCAUACUAUGGAGAUACCCUAUAUUCUUGAUCAGCGUAAAAUUCUAAGUCGAUUUAGCAAUGUCCGUCUGUCUGUUGUAAUCACGCAAUCUUUCGAACGAAUUGAGAUAGAAGGCUAAAAUGUUGCACACAUGUUUAUUUUUCCAGUAAGCAGGUUAAGUUCGCAAAUGGGGUCCAUAUAGGUCCACGUAUAGCCCCCAUAUAACGGUACCUCCCGAUAUUUGGUAUUUUGAUGUUUUUAGCGACAUUAUUCACCGGAAUUCUUUCAAAUUUGGUAUUUGAAGUUCGAAAUGAAUACUACAGCCUAAGACAGAAAAUUGUCUGCCCAGGUCGACGUCUUCGUAUAUCCCCCAUUAACGGUACCUCCCGAUAUUCAGUACAUUGUUGAUUUUAGCGACAUUAUCCACCGGAAUUCUGGUAUUUGAAGUUCGUAAUGAAUUCUACAGCCUACGACAGAAAAUUGUCUCUGCAGGUCGACGUCUUCGUAUAUCCCCCAUUAACGGUACCUCCCGAUAUUCAGUACAUUUUUGAUUUUAGCGACAUUAUCCACCGAAAUUCUUUCAAAUUUGGUAUUUGAAGUUCGUAAUGAAUUCAACAGCCUACGACAGAAAAUUGUGCGUGCAGGUCCACGUUUUCAUAUAGCCCCCAUAUAACGGUACCUCCCAAUUUUCGGUAUUUUGAUGAUUUUAGCGUCAUUAUUCGCCGUAGCAGUUUUAAACUACGCAUUUAGAGUUCAGAGUACAGUCUGUGACAGAAAAUAGUCUAUGCAGGUCCAGGACUUCGUAUAUCAAUACCUCCCUAUAUUCGGUAUUUUGACGAUUUCAGUUACAUGUUUGAGAUGUCGUAUAUGAAGUUAGUAAUGGAAGCUACAGCCUGUGACAGAAAAUUAUCUAUACACGUCCAGAUGUUCGUAUAGCUCUCAUAUAACCGUACCUCCUUAUAUACGGAAUUUGAUGAUUUUAUCUACAUCAUUCACCGUUUAUUUCAAGUUUCGAGUUUUAAUAUGGUAAUGACUUAUGACAAACAAUGCCUAUGUAGGUCCACGUCGUAUAGACUCCAAUAUAACGGCUAUAUUCGGUAUUAUUAUUUUUUUUUUUAAUUUUAACAGCAUUUUUUGGGGAUUUUAUUUUUUGAAAAUCUCCAAAUUUGUUUCAAAUGGUGGAGGAACAACAAGUUCGGCCUGACCGAACUCUUUGCUUUUUAGCUUGUUUUUUUUAUUUUGCUUCAAUUUAUCAUUUGUUUGGAAGAAAAAAACUGGUUUUCAAGAACAAAAAAUGAUGUGGCAACAAUUUGUUAACAAUUGGCUUAGUCAAUUGAAGAAGAAUUAAAAUUUUAAAUAAAAAAUGUAAAUUUAAUUGUGUAAUUGUUAUUAAAAUUACUUUUUUAUUACAUGAAAGUGAUUUAAAGUUACAAGGGCUUGUAAAAAUACAAUUUCACUUGCAAACCCAAAGUGGUUUAGAAACGUAAAAAAAAUUGCGUUUUUCGUUUUUUGAGAAACUAAAUACGAAAUUAAAAUCACUUUUGUACGGAAUUCGUUCCUGUGGCAUGCCUGAUAAAAAAAACGUGUCCAAUCUUUACUAUUGUAUAACCCUUACAUUUCACAUGGGACAUGGGACAUGGUAGAAGAAUACAGGUGGAUGCAUCAACGCUUGGGAAAAUUGAUAUGUCAAAAUUUUUAAAACGUUUUAUCAACAAUAAGUAGAUUUUUAUAUGUUUUCAUGUUAUAAUAUGCAUUUUCAACAAUUUUUACCCAUAUCAAUAAUUUUUCAUACCCUCACCACAUUUUCUAUGACCUAUAGUACAAUUUUAAGACCAAUAGUUUUGUAGAAUAUUUUGAUUUGCCAUGAUCACGUUUAAAGGGAGUUUUCAUUCAUAUGUUAACAAAGAACCAAAGAUGUCCCUUUGUUGACUCGCCUAAGGUUUAAAUUUCUUUGCCAAAAUAUUCCUCAUGUUUUAUCUACAAUAUUGCCGAAGACACUGUAUACCUAAAAUGCACGGAUUCUGAGAAAUUUAAAUCCGAAAAAAUUCAAAAAUGUGGAUGAAGAGGGAACUUGCCCCCUCUAUUUUGAUUACAUUUCGAUAUAAACUUUUUAAACGCCGUUACACGUCUUCUUUUUUAUACCCGCAGCCAUAUGGCCAGAGAUACGGCCAUUUGAUACGACCAAAACGUGCCUCAUAGAAAUUACGGUUUUAAACCCUAGGUCUCUUCGGACCAAAUCCGUUAUAGAAAAUUUGGAGUCCAUCUAGCGAUGUCCGUCCGUCAGGCUGGCCAGUGCGCACGUUAACUCUCGAAAGGAACAUCCGAUUUGAUCCAAACUUGGUAUAUCGUAAUAUUGUUGUCAAACUUAGAUCGAUUUCGGAGAGGGCAAAUCGGUCCCCUCCUUCUGGUACCUCCCAUACAAAAUGUCAACAUUUUCAAAGGAAAUAAAAUUACUGAACACCAAGAAAAAAUGAUAAUCCGAUUUUGCUCCAACUUUGCGAAUCCUAAUAAUUGUAUCAGUUUUGAACCACAAACAGUCAAAAUUUUGAAUAAACUCAUUUGGAAUAAUAACUCAUAUAAAUUGUGAUGUAAGCUUCCGUCUGUCUGUCCUUCCUGUCUUCAAAUUACACACAUCACAAUAUUUUUUAUUAACCCAAGGUCUGGUGUGAAGAUGGAAUAUAUCGGUCCACUCCUUCUGGUACUUCCUCCACAAAGUGUCAACAUUUUGAAUAUUCAUGAAGCUCAUAAAACGCGAACUUAACAUCCAAUUCCUUUCAGACUUGGUACAUCUCAAAUUUCGAUUUCGAUCUGUUAUAAUUUGUUAUAACACAUGCCAUUAUUUUUACUGAAACAAUAUCUGCAGUGAAAAUGGGAUAUAUCGGCGCACUCCUUCUGGUACUUCUCCCAUAUCUGUUAUAACUAGCGAAACAAGUCGGCGAUUCUAUAUAACUUGCUAUAUGUAAAUAUUUCUUUUAAACAGAAAUCUGAUAUAAAUGAUAUAAUUGUCCGUUUCCUUUAAAUUUUUCACAUGCCAAUAUUUUUAUCUGUGUUGGAUGAAGUGGAAUAUUUCCGUCCGCUAUAUCUAGUACCUCACGCAUAUGUCCACAUUUUCCCAAAAAAAUGCUCAUAUCAUAUAUUAAGUAUAGGAAGUAGACGAUUUUGGCACUUUGUAAUAUUUAUAACAGACUUAGGUCAGAUACGCAUUGGACAAUAUUGCCCAAUUGCUUCGGAACCUACCCCAUAAAGGGUCAAUAGUGUGAAAUACCAUUACUCAAGGCUGGGGGUAUACAUCUGACGACAAGGCCGACUGAUACUAUUUUAUUUGUAAAUUCCGAAUUCGGUUGGACAGUUCAUUGUCCCAGCAGCUGUGUCGAUGCGACAACCUGUAUUCUUCUACCAUGCUAUGGGAUAUAACGAACACAUUUAACGCGUUUUAUAACAGUUAACUUCCAAGUCACUCAAUGCAAAUGUCCUUAAAUGGAAUCUAAGUUAAUGAUAAUAAUGGAACGGAUGAACUCCUUCACCUUAACUCACCUUUGUUUAAAACAAAACUUUCCUUUUUGAACGUGCUGCAGAAAUGUUCAGGGAAAGAGAAUAUGUUUUAUUAAAAUUUGCCGGGUCCCCUACAAGGAUCUGAGCUUGUCUACGACGGCAAAAAAUUAGCCUUAAUCUUGUAAAUAGUGAGUCAUUUCUUAACAGGAACGCGAAAAUUAAUAACAGGAGCUCAGUAAGAUUUAGCGAUUUAACGCUAACUGAUUUGAAGAGUAACUUCUCUUGUUAAUCUAGCGAAACAAUUUUUGGAUUUGGAACAAAACUAUCUGAGUCCACACUGCUCUAUUGGCUUAGACGAAGUUUUGUCUUCCUUGCCUAUUUCGAAUAAACACACGUUAUCUUAUCCUAAUUCUUCAUAGCGACAAGGUCUUGAAAUGGCAAUGUGGAACUCCUCUUCGUUUAUAGCAUUCACAAAAAGGUAUUAAAGGACACGUUUAGCAAUGUAACGUUGGUCGAUCCGGUUACUUAACCGUCAAAACGGUUAAGUAACCAGAUGAAAUGUCAAAAUUCAUGCUUGAGGCGAAAAUAAAUACUUUCGCCUUGACAGAAGAAUUUUGUGGCGAAUAUGUUUGUCGCAUUUUUUGUAUGUAUAACACAUGGUACAUGGUAAAUUAAAAAUGUUAAACGAAAAAUUGUUGAUAUUUGUAAAAAUUGCAUAUCAUAACAACCUCGUAUUAGAAAACGUAUAAAAAUCUACUUAUUUUUGACAAAACAUUUUAACAAUUUUGACAUAUUAAUGUUCCCAAGCAUUGCAAUAAUUUUUUGAAUAAAUUUUCAUUUUAAAUUUUUAACUUAAAAAUUGGUUUGACAGUUCAUUGCCCCAGCAGCUAUGCAAUGCGACUACCUGUAUUCUUCUACCAUCGUUUUGAAGUUUGUUUUUGUUGCAGCGAAUUCAAAUUUAAUUGACAGAACGUCUGGUAAUCUGCUUAGCUGGAAGGGGGACCUUAUACUUGGAUCAUGGUAAGGACCUUAUGCUGAAUGAGUAGAUUUUAAUUAAGAUUCAAAAUACAAACCAUUUAUUUUGUCUUUCUUGUCAACAACAAGGGAGUGUUGCCACUUUUUUUAAACUGUCGAUGUCGAUUCUAUGCCUUACCGCAUGGUAGAAUAAUACAGGUAACAGCAAGUGUUGUUGUACAACAACAACAUACGAAUUUAUUUUUGUACGUAAUACAAGUGUCAGAGUUAUGUGUCCAAAAAUGUCAAAAAUAUACUUUUUAGGAAUUUGGAUUAUUAAAUUGAAAAUGCACAAGCAUGGUACAAUAAAAAAGGAAGGUAGAGCUAUCGUCUGAUUACAUUUUUCUUCUAAGUUUACCCGACUUCUGCCAAUUUUGUGUAUGUAUUUGUGGUUUUGAAAAAUAAGAAACUUAAAUUGCGGGGCGCACAUUAAAGAUAUUAAGCAGAUUUGCCAUUUGUAAUUGAAAGAUUGAACACUUAUGAUCAUGUUUUUUUAGAGAACAUCCAGACAUUUCAUCCAUCUUUAGCGCGGUUUGACUUAUUUUAAAAAUGAACAAAAAAUAUCAAAUAAAUGAAAACAAUUUGUUGCCCAUAAUUUUGAAUAAUUCGAACAGGGCUGUAUUACUGUAGUUUUACGAAGCUGUUCUACCUGCUUAUUGCACCAUGUGCAGAAGCAUAGUUCCUCAAUUAUUUAAUUUUAACGCUUUUACAUCCUUCCCCUAAAUGUAUAGUUGUUAGAUGUUGGUCCUAAUCUCUCAACACUUCAAGCAAUCGUCGCUUUCGUCAAUUAUGUGUCGCUGCUUUUUAACCACGCACCAUCGCCGUUGGAGUUUUGUUAAGUACAACGGCGAUUUUUUUCUAUUAUUAGGCAAAAAAUAUGUUCACAUUGCCCUGCAGUAACAUUUUAUAUCAAAAAAAGGGUAUACCUAUUAUAUAUGAAGAAAUUGAAUUUAACAUGGUAGAAGAAUACAGGUAGGCGCAUCGAUACAGUUGCUGGGACAAUGAACUGUCAAACCGAAUUUGAAAUUAAAAAUGUUGAAUAAAAAGUUAUUGAAAUUUGUAACAAUUGUUGAAAAAUACAUAUUUUGACAAACUCCGAUUUGCAUCGCAUAAGAAAAGAUAUAAAAAUCUACUCAAUUUGGACAGAACAUUUAAAAAAAUUUGACUCAUCAAUGUUCUCAGGCGUUGAUGCAUCUACCUAUAUUCUUCUACCAUGGAAUUUAAUCACAAAACGUCAUAUCGAGCAUGACACUAGUAUUACUAUAGAAUCAAAUCAGCUGGGACUUGCUGUUACCUGCAAUAAUUAUACCAUGGCCUUAACGUAAUGCCAUUUUUGAAUCGAAGCGACGGCAAUGGCGACUUGCCCAUAACGUCGACGAUGACUAUAGAAACGACAACCAUAACCGUGGGCGGAAUUCUUUAUGGUUAAUUAUGAGCUCCAUUUAUACUUUUGGACCACCUUAAUAUUUAAAAACAUUUGAACUAAAUCAUUGAAUGCAAGAAAAAAUAAAAUAGUAAUUUUCUCUUAAAAUUCUAUUUUGCGGACUCAUGUGCUAGUAAUCAAUGAUGUGCAUAACUAAAUUGAGAAUGAGCGUAACUGAGAAUUCACCAUCAAAAAUCGCUGACGAAAAGAGAAUACGCAUAUAACCAGUGCCGUUAACGUACGUUUUUGAGCAGUUUUGUACAUCUAUGAUCUUAAUACGGAGUGUUGACCCACUAAAUCUAUUUAAACCAUACUGAAAACGCACCUUUACAUCUCCUUUACAGAGGAAAAGUGUUUUUGAAUAGUUUCAAUCGUUUACAGCGAUGUCCCAAGGAAGCCAAUAUCAAAAUAUGGACUAUAAGUAUUAUACCGCAUACAUAUCUAUUCCCAAAAUUUCGCAAAACUCCAUGAGAUUCCAUAUCAUAAAUGCAUAUCAUGUUAUAGCAAAGUCCAUAGUAUUCUCUUUAAAAAUUGGAACAAAAUACGACACAAAAACAAAAGCUAAUUAACAUAAAUUCCUUCAAAUAUUCCUUCUCAUUUACGCCACAUAUUUUUUAUUUAAAUAUUAUUUCUUAUUGUUCUGUUUAUGUUAGUCUAAUUGAUUUGCUUCUGGCUUCUGUUUAUAAAAUAAAAAAUAGCUUAAUUUUAUAUUAUUCCAGCUAAUACCAAUGAACCUUAAGUACCUAAAUGUUACUCCUAGGUAAAAUAUAUAAAUGCACAAUUCUGCACUUUGUUAUAGAAAAAAAUAAAGCAAAAGCAUUCAGCAUGCAUGUCAAUUCCAAUAUUUUAAUUUAUCACAAAAUCUAAUACAAGCCACACACAAUAGAACCGUUGGUACAACCUGGAGGGUUGUCAAGUUGUAUGCUUCGGCCCCAAACGAUACAAAUUUGUAUACAACCGCUUUGUAAAACUUCACUUUUCGAAGAGUUCAUUUGAGUUAAGAUGACAACGGAAAUAAUUUCGUGCUCCAUAAUUUACUUAAUAGCCUUUAAUUAUUAUUAAUUUUUGAAAUUCCGUUUUAUAUAUAUUUUAAUUUUUUUUUUUAUUUUCAUUGAAAUCACACAUUUGAUUGGAUUUUGUGUUGUUUUGAUGUGCGAAACAAUGGUGUUGCCUCUUUGAAAAUAAACACAAAAUGAAACUGUAUGCAACAUGCCCACAAACAUUACAAUCGGUUAGUCCAACACGACAAAUGUCAAAAAAUUUUAAUUUUUUGUACAACCGAGACACAACUUCGUACAACCGGGCCACAAACGAUACAAUCUUGAAUACAACCUCUCCAAGUUGUACAAAUAGUUGCUUUGUGUGUGGCUCGCAUAAGGACGGUGGUAUUACUUAAAAAAUAAGUAUUCACUACUCUGCUAGUUUUGCAAUUUUCUUCGAUAUCAUAAAGGGAAAAUUGCUUAUCAUAGUAAAAACUUUAACAUUCUUUCAAUUGUGGAACAGACCCAUUAUCUCAUUGCCGUUUCUUUUCAUGACGUUGAUAAUUAAAAUAUUUUGUUGCAAAGCUGCAAUAAUAGCAACAUCUUUCUGAGAGACUAAGGUAGUUUUAUUCUCUUUUGCAAGGAAAUGCGAAAAGUAAAAAGACGGUAUUCCUGCAGAAAAUUGCAACUAAUCAGCUGAUUUGUCAAGACAAACCAAUUUGUCCACCAUUAAAAGAAUUAAAAGAAAGGAAGCACCACCAAUUUUACAAGUUUUAAGGUUGGAAAUGUCACAAAAUAUGCCUAGCCAUGACUUCAAGCUCUUUAUGUACUUGCACCCUUAGAAAUUAAAAGGAAAUUAGAAAUGAAAUUUAAAUAUGAGCAAUAAAAGAAAGAUAGAUUUGAUCUGUUUCCCGGAAUUCUUUAAACGUGUAGCUAAUUUCGUUUGUCUAUAAAUGUUGGAAAUAGUCUUUUAUUUUCUUAUUACAUAUUAAUAUUGACGUUUCUCACAUUUCUCCAAAAACAAUUAGUCUUGCUAAUUCCAAAAAAAAUUCAAAUUGAAAGCACAAAAAGAAAUAAACAAACAAAAGAAAAGAACUGAUUGAAUAGGUGUGUCUGGUUACCCUAAAAUUUAUAACAAUUGUUACAAAUUGUUACUGGAAGUCGUCUGUUAACCUGAAAGUUCUGCAAAAGAGAGCGGUUGGAGAGAGAAAUUUUGACAGUUCUUUCAGUGAGAGUUUGCAAAUUCUUGCUGGAAAAAUUUCUCUUCUUCUUCUCAUUCAAAAAAAAGUAUUCACUACUCUGCUAGUUUUGCAAUUUUCUUCGAUAUCAUAAAGGGAAAAUUGCUUAUCAUAGUAAAAACUUUAACAUUCUUUCAAUUCUGGAACAGACCCAUUAUCUCAUUGCCGUUUCUUUUCAUGACGUUGACAAUUAAAAUAUUUUGUUGCAAAGCUGCAAUAAUAGCAACAUCUUUCUGAGAGACUAAGGUAGUUUUAUUCUCUUUUGCAAGGAAAUGCGAAAAGUAAAAAGACGGUAUUCCUGGAGAAAAUUGCAACUAAUCACCUGAUUUGUCAAAACAAACCAAUUUGUCCACCAUUAAAAGAAUUAAAAGAAAGGAAGCAUCACCAAUUUUACAAGUUUUAAGGUGGGAAUACAUAAAGCUCUUAUCUGGCUGGCUUAAGUCAUCGGCUGGCUUCUUCGGAAAUGAACAAAGGAGUCUAGGGUCAAAAUCGGAAAGUCAACCUGAAACUCCUUUGUUCAUCUACGAAGAACGAAAUUAGAAAUAAAAUUAAAAUAUGAGCAAUAAAAGAAAGAUAGAUUUGAUCUGUUUCCCGGAAUUCUUUAAAUGUGUAGCUAAUUUCGUUUGUCUAUAAAUGUUGGAAAUAGUCUUUUAUUUUCUUAUUACAUAUUAAUAUUAACGUUUCUCACAUUUCGUAAAGUUGUUCUCCAAAAACAAUUAGUCUUGCUAAUUCCAAAAAAGGAUUCAAAAUGGAAGCACAAAAAGAAAUAAACAAACAAAAGAAAAGAUCUGAUUGAAUGUCGAUGAAUGAGAAGAAGAAAAAGAAGAGUUGCAAGUGAUUAGGUGUGUCUGGUUACCUUAAAAUUUGUAACAAUUGUUACAAAUUGUUACUUGAAGUCGUCUGUUAACCCGAAAGUUCUGCAAAAGAGAGCGGUUGGAGAGAGAAAUUUUGACAGUUCUUUCAGUGAGAGUUUGCAAAUUCUUGCUGGACAAAUUUCUUCUUGCAAUCACUUGCAACUCUUCUUCUUCUAAUUCAUCGACAUUCAAUCAGAUGUUUUCAUUUGUUUAUUUAUUUCUUUUUUUUGUGAUGUUAAUUUGAAAAUAUUAGUUGUGUUCCAGUACUUUUUUAGUAGUAAAACUAGCAGAAGAGAGAACAGUUCGAAAUGUCAUUCUCAUUUAGGUUUGCUCAAAAAAUAAGGGAACGGAAAAUUAGCAGAAAUGCGAUAAAAUGUCAAAAUUCAAAAUUCCAAAAGUAAACAACCUAAAUCGGACUGGUGAAACCUUACUGAAAAGAGCGCCAACAUUUAAAAAAUGAGUAUUGAAGACGAUAAGUUAAAAUUAAUAAUUUAUAAUAAUAAUUAAUAAUCUGAUUCCUCAUUCAGCCAGUCCUCUUCACUGCUGGAAUCAUCCAAAAGUGAAUACAUCAGUUGCUCCAUAUUUUCUCUUUUUGUUUUUUGCACGACAUAUAUAGCUUUUUCCUUUAGUUUUCAUGUUGAUCAUUUUCUUUAUUGAAAUGUAUCAAUACAUUUUUCAACCUUGUUAGCCCUGCCAAUUAAAUGUCAAAUUUACAAUAUGCACAUUUCUGCUCGGCCAAAUUCAUGUAGCUAAAACAAGCAGAAAUGUGCAGCACUCAGCGCCAUUUUUUUCUCGAGAGAGCUGCAAGUUUUGCUAGUUUUUGGAGUAAGGGAACGCGUUGUAGCAGAAAAAGUGCUAAUUAGUACUAAUUUGCAGGUUCUGGAAUACAACUAUUGUUUUGGAAUUAGCAAGACUAAUUGUUUUUGGAGAACAACUUAACAAAAUGUGAAAAACAUAAAUAUCAAUAUGUAAUAAUAAAAAAUAAAAAACUAUUUCCAACAUUUUUAGACAAAUGCCACUAGCAACAGGUUCAAAGGAUUCCGCGGAACACAGCAAAUCUAUCUUCCUUUUAUUGCUCAUAUUUUUAUUUUAUUGUCAAUUUCCUUUUUAUUUAUAAAAAUUGUGAAAUUGGUGGUGGUUCCUUUCGUUUAAUUCUUUUAACGGGGGACAAAUUGGUUUGUUUUGACAAAUCAGCUGAUUAGUUGCAAGCUUCUGCAGGAAUACCGUCUGUUUACUUUUCGCAAUUUCCUUGCCAAAGAGAAUAAAACUACCUUACUCUCUCAGAAAGAUGUUGCUGGACAAUUCCUGCAGGAAAAGUAACCAGACACACCUAUUGCAAGAAGGAAUUUGUCCAGAAAAGAAUUUGCAAACUCUCACUGAAAGAACUGUCAAAAUGUCUCUCUCCGACCGCUCUCUUUUGCAGAGCUUUCGGGUUAGCAGACAACUUUCAGUAACAGUUGUUACAAAUUUUAGGGUAACCAAACACACCUAAUACAAAAAAGUUACUACCCCUGGUAAAUAUUACCAUCGUUCUCCACUCGAAAACAAACGUUGUUUUUAUAAAAAAAAAAACAACAAUAAA